AUGGAUCUCGAUUCCGGAGACUCCCCGUGGGGCGAUGAGCCCUCGCGCUUCACACCCAGCCAGGGCGCCAAAACCGAUACUCAAGGAGAUGCAGCCGCUCCACACCCCGCGUCAGACAGCUCGCCCGCUGUGCGCACACCAGGAAGACGAGGCCCCCGAGGGACGCGCAAGAUUAGCGCGCAAGCCACCAAACUCGAGUCGGUCGAUGAUUCCGUCGACCCUCUCGGUCCUUUGGGAGAGGCGCCCGUCGAAUCUACCCCAACCCCCGCAGACGAGGCACCGACACCGCCCCAGAAGGAGCCAUUUGUCGGGCGUGGCGCGCGGCCGCUAUCUUCACCCUCUCAGGCUUCCGGUGGGGCGGCGAUAGCAGGCUCGGUCAACUUGGAAGGGGAAAUCGGAGGCUUCCGGGGACCCCCGCCCGUGCAACCAGCGGUGGAACAAGAUGGACCAAAAAGACAAACGCAGCCCAGCAUGAGCGUGGAACAGGCUGCAAAGCCGAGCUUCCAGAUUUAUGUUGGAGAUCCGCACAAAGUGGGGGACCUGACAAGCAGUCAUAUUGUCUAUCAAGUGUCGACAAAGACAACAUCUAAGGCGUAUCGCCAACCCGAAUUUACCGUCAGCCGUCGAUACCGUGACUUCCUCUGGCUCUAUAAUUCCCUACAUGGCAACAAUCCUGGAGUUGUCGUUGCGCCCCCGCCCGAGAAGCAAGCGGUUGGCCGAUUCGAUACCAACUUUGUGGAAUCGAGGAGAGCGGCUUUGGAAAGGAUGCUCAACAAGAUUGCCGGGCAUCCCAUUCUUCAACAUGAUGGCGAUCUGAAAAUCUUCCUGGAGAGUGAAGCCUUCAAUGUUGAUGUCAAGAAUAAGGAAAACCGGGAGCCUGAUAUUGGUCAGAGCAAGGGAAUGUUGAGCUCCUUUGGUAUCUCUGUUGGUGGAGGAAGCAAGUUUGUGGAGCAUGACGACUGGUUCCACGACAGAAAGAUCUACUUGGAUGCAUUGGAGAACCAGCUGAAGGCUCUAAUGAAGUCAAUGGAUACUGUGGUCCUGCAACGGAAGGGACUCGCCGACGCUGCAGGUGAUUUUUCAAGCUCCCUGCACGCUUUAUCUGCUGUCGAGCUGUCUCCCGCUCUUUCCUAUCCGUUGGAAGGAUUAUCAGAACUUCAAUUGCGAAUUCGGGAGCUUUAUGACCGACAGGCGCAGCAGGACGUUUUAACCCUUGGCAUUACGAUCGACGAAUAUAUCCGCUUGAUUGGUAGUGUCAAGAUGGCCUUCAGCCAGCGACAAAAGGCCUUCCACACAUGGCAUGCAGCAGAGUCCGACCUACAGAAGCGCAAGAAUACCCAAGACAAGCUACUCCGCCAAGGCAAGACCCAGCAAGACCGCUUGAACCAAGUGAAUGCCGACGUGGCAGAUGCAGAGCGCAAAGUCCACCAAACACGGCUGCUCUUUGAGGACAUGGGCCGUCUCAUGCGAAACGAGCUGCAGCGAUUUGAGAAAGAGAAGGUGGAGGACUUCAAGUCUGGUGUGGAGACAUUCCUUGAAAGUGCAGUGGAGGCUCAAAAAGAGUUGAUCGAACUUUGGGAGACAUUCCUCUUGCGGUUAGAUGCUGGCGAGGAAGGUGUUCCAUAUUAUGUGCCUCCCACUGAGGAGAACGAUACACCUGCGGCAGGGCCUACGGGAUCUGCGCCAGAUUCGGCGCCACUUGUCGCUGAAGAUGGCGCUUGA